AUGGCCGCUCUAAGAAAGAAACUAGUUAUUGUUGGUGAUGGAGCUUGUGGUAAAACUUGUUUGUUAAUUGUCUUUAGUAAAGAUCAAUUCCCAGAAGUUUAUGUUCCAACUGUCUUCGAAAAUUAUGUAUCUGAUAUUGAAGUAGAUGGAAAACAAGUGGAACUAGCGUUAUGGGAUACGGCUGGACAAGAAGAUUAUGAUCGUUUACGGCCGUUGUCAUAUCCGGACACAGAUGUUAUUUUGAUGUGCUUUGCUAUCGAUAGUCCGGACAGUCUCGAGAACAUUCCCGAGAAAUGGACACCCGAAGUGAAACAUUUCUGUCCGAAUGUCCCAAUUGUUCUUGUUGGAAAUAAGAAGGAUCUACGUAAUGACGAAGCAACAAAGAAAGAAUUGAUGAAAAUGAAACAGGAACCUGUGCGCAGCGAAGAAGGUCGAAAUAUGGCUGAAAAGAUUGGUGCAGUUGGUUAUCUCGAAUGUUCAGCAAAGACCAAAGAAGGCGUUCGUGAAGUCUUUGAGCAUGCAGCCCGCGCUGCAUUAGCACGAAAGAAGAAACGUAGUGGUCGUUGUGUUUUAAUCUAA